UAUGUAUUUCAUGUUUUGUUGUUAAAAAGUCUUAAAAUGAUGGAUAUGUAUAUUGUGCAUAAAAAUAAAAGGUUUUGUCAAUCACCGCUAGCUCUGGAAGAAGUGUGUGUGUGAUAGCCUGGGUAAGUGUAAGCAUUCGCCCUGGAAGGGGCUGUUCCCCACUUUGUGAUGUCACAAUGUUAAGACCUGCUUGUUUUUGUGGGUUGGAAGGGGCUGGUGCUCAGAGAGCAGAGGAAUGUUCAGAUUAGUGAAUGGAUCAAAAUACCACUUUGGGGUUGUUUUUUGUGAGGAGAUCACAUGAUAAAACACUUGAAAGUUUAAAAAGUAGAUUUUACACGAUAAAACAAUAAUACUUGCACAAUUGCAACACUAACAACACACAUUUGUGUAAAUUUUUGCAAUAAUUAAAUACAUUGUGCUCUUUGUGUCUCCUAGUUUAAUUUAAAAAAAAAAUAGGAAGAAAAGAUCAAUAACUGGUCAGCUCUUAUUGAUCGUUCUGCACUGGCCUAGAGUAGAGGUCUCUAUGGGGUUCAGUUCCAAACCCCAGGAGAGUCCUUGGAGCUGCUCUUCAUGCUUGACAUGGAUCUUUUACUAGUCAUAAUGAGGAUCUGGGACUGUAAAUCUGCUUUGCACAGAUUGCACUGCUGCAUCUCUGACUGCAUGGACCCACUAAAAUGUCACUUUCAGAAUCAGAGGAUUUAUUAUAGUCUUCUGCCACGGAGAGAGAACUCUGGGAAUUAUUCCACCUAAGAAAGACCUCACAGGUUGUGUCAGCUGUAGAGGGAGAAAAGUGACAAACCCAGAUGUGACAUCUAGAAUGACGUGUUAGUGAUCUUAGGAAACUGAGAAUUUGUUGGCAGCUGGAUUAUAAAGAUAGAAACUGGAAUGAUUUAAAACUCUGACAGUCAUAAACCAACACGUUCUGUAGGAAACUUGUGAUUUCGUUACAAUUGGUCUUUUUUGGGUUGUUUUGGUCAAUCUAUCUUGAAGGCAAAUGUCUGUACAGAAACUCACAAACCAAAGGUAAAUUUAUGUUGAAUUUCCUAUUCAAAUCAUCUCUGGAUCAUAACCUUCCAAAACAAUCAUCUUUUUUUUUUUUUCUUUUUUUUUUUUUUUUGCUGAAGCCCCAUGUUCAAUCUGUUACAUAGUUAUUUUUCUAGCAGAAGCUUGAUAGUUUUUUUUUUUUUUUUGUGCCACUGACUCUGGAGAUGCAAUAAAAAAAGGGCAAAACUGGUCAAGAGAUCCUUUUUCGUGAGACAACUUUGGAACCAUCUGACAGUUUUAAUUGUUAUUUUGAUUGUUUUGUAGCACAUUUUAAAGUUUUUGUUUUUUUUUUCUAAAAAAGAAAUACUCUGAGUUAUUUUUGUAUAAGGAGUUUGAGGAACCAGAACCCUGAAACAGAAGCAGCUGCGGAGUGAAACCGGAUCACAAAGCGACCAGAGGUCCUGCAGGAGGCAGAGUGGACAGAGAGCAGCGCGCCAGGGCACCGCACCGCGCCGCACCUCACCGCACAGCGCGGAGCGCAGCCUCCUGAGGUCGAGGGACGCUGUGGGGGAUUGUGUCUCAUUAGCCGCCGGACCAAUGGAGCAAAUGGAGAGCAGCUCAGUGCGUUUGAAGUGACCGGACCGAGCGCGCAGAUUCCGGCAUGUUUGGGGGGAAGCGCCGCAGCUCCGGUUCUGCGCCCGACAACUCCCGCGGAGCAGAUGGUGCUGCCAGGAUGAGUUUGGCUCCUUUUGUCAUCCUCACGUACUUUUCCGCUUUGAUACAGUGCUGCAGCAGUGCUGACUCAGAGGAGCGUUUAAUGAACAUGCUGCUUGGAAAGGAUCGCUACAAUCCACUCAUUCGCCCCGCCAUUAACAGGACCGAGAGAGUUGAAGUGAAGCUGCAAGUGUCCCUCGCACAGCUCAUCAGUGUGCAUGAAAGAGAACAAAUCAUGACCACAAACGUUUGGAUCACUCAGCAUUGGGUUGAUUACAGAUUAUCGUGGGACCCGGCAAAAUAUGAAGGUAUUCAGAAACUGCGUAUUCCAUCCAGACAUGUUUGGCUACCGGACAUCGUUCUGUACAACAAUGCUGAUGGAAUUUACGAAGUCACAGUCUUCACCAACGUCAUCGUCAUUUUCAAUGGAAGUGUCAACUGGCUCCCUCCGGCCAUCUAUAAAAGUUCCUGUAAGAUCGAAGUCAAGCACUUCCCCUUUGACCAGCAGAACUGCACCCUCAAGUUCCGCUCUUGGACAUAUGAUCACACAGAGAUUGACCUGAUCCUGAAAUCUGAGGCAGCGAGCAUGGAUGACUUCACCCCGAGUGGUGAGUGGGACAUCAUAGCUCUUCCUGGCAGACGGACCGUCAACCCCGUGGAUCCCACUUAUGUGGACCUGACUUAUGACUUCAUUAUCAAGAGGAAGCCCCUUUUCUACACCAUAAAUCUCAUCAUUCCAUGUGUUUUGAUCACCUCUUUGGCCAUUCUGGUGUUCUAUUUACCAUCAGACUGUGGAGAGAAGAUGACUCUCUGUAUUUCUGUUCUCCUGGCACUUACAGUGUUCCUGCUUUUGAUUUCAAAGAUUGUUCCUCCUACGUCGCACGAUGUUCCCCUAAUUGGGAAGUACCUGAUGUUCACCAUGGUACUGGUGACCUUCUCCAUCAUCACCAGUGUUUGUGUGCUCAAUGUGCACCACCGCUCUCCAAGUACCCAUAACAUGCCUUCCUGGGUCAAGUUAAUAUUUCUUGAGAAACUGCCUGCUUUGCUGUUCAUGAGACGCCCCAGUAACUUCUCUGGCCGCCAAAGGUUGCGUCAGCAGCGCUGUCUAAGGGCCAGAAGAUCCAUAUUGGGCCUGGACCCCUCAAACACUUCUAAAACUUGUUUCACGUUGUCGUCUUCUGCGCUACUAUCCUCUGACUCUGCCUUUUCCACUCCAGGACACAAAAAUCUAGCCCCUACCACAGGGUAUGGCUUGACACACAGGAAGGGGGAUUUGAGCUCCUCUGAUUAUCCCCACAGUAGUUUCACUCCCACCCAAGACUAUCAGCAAAGAUGCAAUUCAGAGUGGACAGCUGAUGUGAAAGAGGCUGUGAAAGGAGUCCACUUUGUGGCUGAGCACAUGAUGGCAGAUGAUGAUGAUCAGAGCGUGAUCGAGGACUGGAAGUAUGUUGCCAUGGUGGUGGAUCGGAUGUUCCUGUGGAUCUUUGUGAUAGUUUGCGUGGUGGGGACCCUGGGUCUGUUUCUCCAGCCUGUCUUCCAGACUCAGAUCGUUCCCAACCAGCAGCCCAGCUCGGACAAGCCUCGUAUCUGAUGGGCGAUGAGCAAAGACCACCUCUCAUUAACAUCAAAUAGAAUAGAGUAUUAUUAGAGUAUCAAGGCCAAGAAAGUUUAAUUUUGACAAAAAGUACAACAAUAAACCAGAUUUUAGUCAGAAAAACCAAAGGAUGUUUGAAAUUGUUUUACAUAUUACUUAUCAAUACAGUUUGGCUUCAAAUACUAUUUUCUAUUCUGCAGACGUAGAUUAAAAGUGAUUUUUCUGCCCCCAAGUGUAUGAAAGUGUUACACAAAUGUGUCUAAUAGGCAAAUAUAUAGUUUGUCUUCUGCUAUAGAUGUUGUUUAGCUGAUGUGCUCUUACCAUGUCAGUGUAAUUCAAUAAAAACAAAAAUGUGUCCUCUUUUAGUCUGAUUAAACCCAUAAAUGUACACGGUGUGAAAUUGUCAGUGUUCUGCCAAAGUGCUUUCCAAAAUCUGUUUUUCUGCUGAUAAAUGUUGUCCCUGGAGUGUUUAGUGAAAAAGUGAGAUUUUCUUGUCAAUCUAGAAAGACAGGUGCCCAUUUAAGAAAAUGAAUGUGCAGUGAGUAUAUUAAAAUAAGUUUUUGUGGUUAAAAUAAGGGUUGAACUUAACCUGGCAGUCUUUUUAUUUUAGUUUAGUGAGUUUUGAAUUUGGGUUUAAGCAGAGUGGUCUGUGUGAGCAAACACAUGCACACAGCCACACUUAAGGUUUACUGUUCAAUAAACUGUGCUGAGUAGGCUCGUUAGAGAUUGUGCACACUGUUGGUUAUUUUGUCAGAUGGUCCUUUAAAUCAAAAGAUGGCACACAGCCUUAGCUCUGAAAAGCUUUGCUCCUGCAAUUUACAGUUUUUAGAAUUAUUUGCAGCUUUUUUUGUCUUUGCCUCACAGUUUUUCUGUUACUAGAAAGUUAAAAAAAAAAUCCAUUCCAUUUUUCUCAACAACAAAUUGUGCUGCAGUCAUAUUCAACAUUCAGUACAUGUUUUUAUUGAUCAGAAGCCCUAAUGCAUCAGCAGUUCUUUUUCAUAUAGGGAAUGGGUUGCAGAAAUGCUUCUUUAAGUGCGUUGACAUGACUCCAAAAAAGAUUUAUUUGUUAAUAUUGCACAAAUCCACUCUACUAUUGUCCUUAAAUAAAUCAAAGGAGACCCAUAUUCUUGUUUGUUCACCUGUGAACACUUUAUGUGCAGAAUAGCCAUGUUAUUGUUAUUUAAUGCUUGUCUUGUAUUAGCUCAGUCUCUUUGUAUUGUGAGAGCUCAAAAAAGAAAAGCCAGCAAAGAGGAGUCUUUUGUAAAACUUAUUUUAGGGUUGAAAAAUGGGUAAAAGCAUUUUUACUUCUUUAUUUUACUAAGAUGACUUUUGUAGCUAAACUUGUGUUUUCUACGGAGCCCUGGAGAUGACAUUAAAGAAUGGUAAUAAAUUGUUCUUUCAAAUUAGCAUUUUGUGCCCACAAGUUAGUAUUUUUUUUAACUCAACUUGCCAACUUGUGCAUACAAAAUGCUAAUUUGAGGGAACAAGCUACUAAUUUGUGCAUACAAAAUGCUAAUUUGAGAUUAAAAGAUACAAAUUUGUGUGCAGAAAAUGCUAACUUUUCCGGAUAAGGUACCAUGUGCGCACAAAAUGCUAACUUGUGCAGACAAGAACAAGUGGGAACAAGAUACUUAUUUGUGCUUAUAAAAUGCUAAUUUGAGGGAAAAAGAUACUAAUUUGUGUGUAGAAAAUGCAAACUUGUUGUACUGUGGUACUAUGCGCGCACAGAAUGCUAAGUUGUGCGGACAAAAUACUAAUUUGUACGAGCAAAAUGCAAAAAAAAAA